AUGGAGGAUCAGCUCAGGAAUUUGGAGAAAAAAAUCGAGGAGCAAAAUGAAAAACUCGAGGAUCAAAACAAGAGGAUGGAUCAAAAGUUUGAAGAACUUUUGAAGGUAAUGCAAUCAUUCAAGGAUGCAAAUGAAUCACACUCUUCUGGCAGUCACAAUGAAAGAAAUGCAAACCACAUAACUCUAGGUAUGAAUCCUAAGCUGUCAUUUCCUAAAUUUGAUGGAAGCAAUCCUAGAAUUUGGGUCAAAAAAUGCUGUAAAUACUUUGAUCUGUGUAAAAUUGCUCAGGAUCAGAGGGUAGAUUUGGCUUCAUUGAACAUGAUUGAAAAGGCUGAAGGGUGGGUUAUGAACUAUUUGUCUGUUAGGAAGCAUAUGAUGGUAGAAUGGAAUGAUUUUGUAGUUGAUCUCUAUGCUAGAUUUAGGGAUAAUUCAGCCUUAAAUGUAGUUGAAACUUUCAAUAAACUACAUCAAGUUAGUACUCUGGAGGAAUACAUAGAUGAAUUUGAAAACCUAAGAUCUAUUAUGUUGAUGAAUAACCAUGUCCUUCCUGAUGCAUACAUGUUGGAAAGCUUCAUUGGGGGUUUAAAACCUGCUGUUAAGCCAUUUGUUAAGGCCUUCAAACCAGCUACCAUUGCUGAAGCUAUUGAUUUGGCUAGACUUCAGGAAGAAAAUCUAGAAGCUGUGUCUCCCAAACCUUACAAAACACCAAUGUACAAUCCUAAACCAUUGCAAUCUGUUCCCCUUUUACCAAACCCUAAACCACCAUUGUUACCCACACCCACAAAUAAGCCAAACACAAGCCUAGCCCUCACAAAAUAUCCACAACAAAGAACCAGAAAUUUCAAAUACAUUCCAGCUGAUGUAAGAAACCACAAAUGUCAAUUUAGGGAACCACAAUUGUUCACUGUAGAGAUUCCAGGUGAUCAGAUUGAGGAACUCAGUGAUUCUGAUGAAAAAGAGGUGACUGAAAAAGAAAUAAGUGAGCCCCAAAUAUCAGUGAGUGCAUUACCAGGAAGCCAAGGGUUCAGCACCAUGAGAGUUAGGGGACUAGUGAAGGGAAAACCCCUUCAGAUACUGAUAGACUCAGGUAGCACCCACAACUUUGUGGAUCUGGAUUUUGCUAGAAAAUUGGGUUGCAAACUAGAUAAAAUACCAGCUCAAGCCAUUACUGUGGCUGAUGGAAACCACCUUGCUUGCCAACAUAGUUGCCAAGGGUUUACUUGGGAAAUGCAGGGGGUCAGUUUUGUGACAGAUGUGCUACUGAUUCCAUUAGGGAGUUGUGACAUGGUGGUAGACCAAACUUGUCUAACCACAGAAGUGCAUCAGGUAGAACAAGAGUGUGAGGAAUUAAGGGAACUCAAGGUGACUUACAGUAUGGUCUUUGAGGAACCAACUGUGUUGCCACCUAUUAGAGGGGUGUUUGACCACUCUAUUCCACUUGACCCUGGAGCAACCCCUGUGAACAUCAGGCCUUAUAGGUAUCCCCUUAAACAAAGGGAUGUUAUUGAGCAACUAGUACAGGAAAUGCUGGAUAGAGGGAUCAUUCAACCAAGUGCUAGUCCUUUUGCAUCACCAGUGGUGUUAGUUGGAAAGAAGGAUGGCACAUGGAGACUUUGUGUGGAUUACAGAGAACUGAAUAGUAAAACAAUCAAAAACAAGUUUCCAAUUCCAGUAAUAGAUGAGUUGAUAGAUGAAUGA